AUGCUGCAGCGCAAGGUGUUGGUGUAAAUAGGUCUCACUUUCGAAGGAAGUAAGCAUUACUGGCAGAAACGAAAUUGUCUGCAUUGAUUCUCGAUUAUCAACAAAUAAAUUCUGUCGCUGUGCAACGUAAUGCAAUGGAUAAAUCUAUAUGAACACAUAAGAACAAUUCCACGGUGCUAAGAUUUAUAGUGAAUGAAGGAAAAAGCAACAAAUCAUUUCCGAUUGUCAAGUUUAUGCCGCAAAUGAAUACGGAGCUACGCGAACUCGCCUUAUCAAGCGUAGGAAUAGUGACUUGAAUGGAAUGGAAUCUGAAAGUCUAAGGUAGGUAUGAAAAGAGGCCAAAACGCGACUGUGAUAAUGAGCUAUUAAAUACGUAACGACUCUAAGGACUUUGUGAUAGCAUUGAUUUUUUGUAUUCGAAGUAAGUGAAAUGCCUUCUAACAUUCAAUCGCCGAUUUCGCUAUGUCAACGAUCGACCAGUUUCGAGGAUUGUUUACAUCCACUAGAAUAUUUUGGACACUGGGACGGAAAUGGCCGGGCGAAAAUUGUCAAUAAUGGUGCGUCAGCAAUGAUUACAUUCUCGGAUCGGGCGUACCAACCGUUCAUUAUUGGAGGUCCUUUGGAUAGCAAGUACAUUUUUGAACAAUUGCAUUUUCAUUGGGGAGUUGAGGAUGACUCUGGCUGUGAACAUAUUCUUGAAGGUAACACUUUCUCAAUGGAAGCCCAUGCAGUACACUUCAAUGCUAAGUAUGGGAGCUUCAAAGAAGCAGUUGACAAACCGGACGGUCUGGCAGUGACAGGAUUUUUCGUACAUGCCUUCGGGGAUACUGAUUGUAGAGAAUUCGAAAAGAUUGUCAACGGAAUCAAGUAUAUUAAAAAGCCUGAUUCUGAGGUAGAAAUUGAUGCCGAUUGCUUGUCGUGGAUGGGUCUACAAGAUCUUAGCAGACACUACUAUACCUACAAGGGUUCUCUGACUACUCCACCAUACUACGAAAGUGUCACGUGGAUUGUAUACAAAACUCCGGUGUACGUGUCGCGAUCACAAAUAGCAGCGUUUCGGGAGCUACAGUCUUGCCCAAAAGAUUCUAACAAGAAAAUUGUUAAUAAUUUUCGUGAGGUGCAGGUGCCUAAAUAUAACCCGGAAAUAAUUUUUGUGAGAAACAGCGGUCGGCCGCGUUCAAAGCUAUGAAUAGCAUCAAACUGAAAAAUUUGGUUUAUGGUUUUAGAAUAUUUUUAUGAAUGAUCAUUUGUUGGACCAAUAAAGACAUAGAAAUCGUUUUAGGUAACAGAA